CAGGCUGCCCGCUGUCACCACCACUGCUCCACCACUACACCACCGCUACAUCGCCACUAUAGCGAAACACAAGCCAGUUAUAGGCUACACCGUCCUACUGUGAAACAACAACGAGCGACACAACACACGUGCCGCUAUAAGGAGUUAACACACACGUUAACAAGUGAUCAGGCUUACAUAGCUGCCGUUAUAGCGACAGAAUUACGAAGGACACGAGUGGGACAUGGGGAACAAGGUGGUUACCUUUACGGAGCAACAGCUCGAGGACUAUCAGGACUGUACAUUCUUUACAAGGAAAGAAAUUCUAAGAGUGUUCAAACGGUUCCGCGAGGUGAACCCCGAGCUGAUCCCCAAAAGCAUGACCGAGAACCAGGCGCACACCAUCGUCGUGCCCGCCCACGAGAUAGAGAAGCUGCCGGAACUCAGGGAGAACCCGUUCAAGCGGCGCAUCUGUGAGGUGUUCUCGCACGACGGCUCCGGGAACCUCACCUUCGAGGACUUCCUCGACAUGAUGUCCGUGUUCAGCGAGGCUGCGCCGCGCGACAUCAAGGCUUGGUACGCGUUCCGCAUCUACGACCUGGACGACGACAUGUACAUCGGGCGCGGCGACCUGCUGCAGGCGGCGCGGCUGCUGACGCGCGGCCAGCUGACGGCGCGCGAGCUGCAGGACGUAGUGGCCAGCGUGCUGGACGAGGCCGACCUCGACGCCGACCAGCGCCUCUCUUUCAUGGACUUCGAGCACGUCGUCGUGCGCGCCCCGGACUUCCUCUCCACCUUUCACAUCCGCGUCUAAACCCCGCCCCACACCUGACUAACACGCUACUUAUAUGAUGGGGGUCGAUCAUCAUAACAUUUCAUUCGAUUUCUGAUUUGAGCAGAAGUGCGAUUUUUCAUUGCGAUGCUAAACUGUUCGAUCAUGAUAAAUACAUGCUUAUCUGAAAUCAAAUAAGUAUCUAUCUGAGGGCCUAGCCAAGAUAACAAUCGUUGAUAGAAAAUGCAGAUCGGGCCCUAAAUAAUGCAUCAUUAUUAAUUACUUUUUGUAGCAGUUGUUAUCACAAUUUUUUUUUUCGUUUCGUUAGGCGUUUGUCGAUGUUCGAUUGUCAUCUUGGCUCGGCACCCUGGUGGUUUUAUUUCAAGUGAUUAUUAACGUAUUCAAAUGUUACAAUCGUCACGAGAUCUCGGCUCAUUGGCAACUAUAAACAAAUAUAGUAAAAGAUA